AUGUCCACCUCCCUCGCCCUCUCCUCCAUCCCCCGCGCCGUCCUGGCCGCCCCCGCCCUCCCCUACCUCCUCGCUCUCGGCUUCAUCGCCGCCCUCUCCCUUGUUGCCGCUUACCCUCUCUUCCUCCAGCUCAUCCUCGUCGUCGUCCUGGGCUACGUCUUCGACGUGCAACUCCGCGUCGUUCAACGCUCCAGCACUGCCGCCAACACCCAGACGACGCUCACUGUUGAGUUGUCCAUUUCCGUUCCCCCGUUUGCUGAUCUCGCCGCCUCUUCCAUCUUGCCUCGCGCGCGCGACGCGUCCAAGGCGGCCGCCAUCGAGGCCCUCUCCUCCGCUCUCAUCGCUGUCUACGUGUUGGCGCAGGUCGCGAAGACGGCGGCGAUGUAUGCGGCGGUCUUCGGGGUGUGCGCGCUCUUUGGCGUCGCGACGGCGGCGCAUGGGACCUUCAUCGCGGUUGCGCUCGUCGCACACGCGAUCGCUGGUCCCGUCGACGCCGGCGACGACGCCAUCGCCCUGCGCGCUCCUCGCGAAGUCAUCGCCGCCGACAUCACCGUCGUGGUCGUGGCAAGCUCGAAGGCUGUCAACACCGUCCUCGCGAUCACGGCCAACGCCGAUGCCGACGACGCCGAAGACGCUGCGGAAGAGUCGUUCUCUGGAGACGACGAGGACGACACCGAGUCGACUGUCGAUGAAGCGCUCCUUACUCCGGCCGACUCCUCUGCGGACGACUUCGAGGUGGAUAUCCGUGAAGACCCCCUUAGCGACGAAGAGGAUACUAUCGACGAGGAUGACAUCUAUGGCGGACUCCUCAAGCUCGUCGAGGCGGCCGCGGCGUCCGAUCCUUGCUGCCCCAACGACAACGACGUCGCGGAGCUACUGGAAGCUAUGAACUCGCUUGCUCUCAGCGCGCCCUGCUCCUUCGACAGCCUUGCCACUGGCUCUCCCGCUGAAGCAUGCCCCACUGACGAUGUCGACGCUUUCUUCCAGCUCACUGAACAACUCGCUGAAGCCAACCCUCUGAUCAUCAAGAUCGAACCUGCCGACAAUGAAGACGUCGACAUGACCAUCCUGCUAGCCUCCCUCACCCUCUCUGGCGACGUUUCUCCCUCUCUCGUGGAAGUUCCUUUUGACGCUCCUCCCAUGAACGUUGACGAGUGCGAAGACCCUGCGAUGGACGUCGAGAUCCCGCGCACCACGGACGCCCAAUCGACUUCUACCAAUGAAUCUCUCGCUGUGGACUGCCUCAUGACCGACGAAGAGAUCGACGCUUUUGCAUUGGAACUCGACGCAAUCUUGCUGGCCGACGCCGACGAGUACUCAUCUUCGGACCCCGACGUCGCGAUGUCACUCGACGAUCAAGACGCGGCCAUGGCUCUUCUCUCCCUUGCAACUACCACCCCUCCCAUUCCUAUCCAUAUCCCUACCUCCGAGGAGCUCGACGCCGUCUUCCAGCAAGCUCUGACCAACUGCGCCGCGGCUGGGGUCUCUCCUCACGACGUCAAGGUCGAGCUUUCUGAUGAAGACUUCGAGCUGUUUGAACGGGCCUGCGCGCCUGUUGAUCUCACUUUGGAUUUCCCGCUCACCGGUCUCUCUGCCCUCGCAGACGCGGCGGCCACUGUCGCCCCAAUGGACGUCAAGUCCGAGUCCACCACCGAGGUCUUCGGCGACGACGACGCGGCCCAGCUGCUCCUCGCACUCGGCGCGACCGUCCCUUCUUCCUCAGAUUUCUUCGCACCUCCUGUCGCGGCGUCCAGCGCGGACGUUGGGGCGUCUCCGGGUGCUGCUGUCGCUGAACCGCAUAUGCGGAUCGUGACGCGGCCGAUGAAGGCGCUCCCGCGUUCUCGGGCGCUGCGCAGGAGUGCCCGUCUGGCGGAGAAGCAGGCCGCUGGCAGUGCCAAGUCGUUGUAG